CCUUGAUUUGAUACACAACUCGUUCUCAUACUUGGUGGUUGUUGAUGUCCAGAGCCUGAUGCAACCAACGACAUCCGCUACAGAAGACUCUUUUUCCUCUGUACGAUACCUCUGUUCGAUCUUAUACAAUCUUCACCGCUUUUCAUCUCACCUCGCCGGUCCCAACGACUGCCUAUCUCCUGGUUUAUUCUAAUAACAUCUCCAUCAUGUCCAAUUUUACAGUCACUCUUGCAUCUGCCUUCCCUUCCCAGCUCCCCGCCCGCAUGCAAGCCUCUCUCGACAGGCUGCCGUCAGCAUGGACGUCCUACAUUGUCCCCACUGUCUUAGGCUACCUGCUCCUGUGUCAGGCGCUACGCUUCCGCCGUGAAAAGGCUAUGCGCAGGAAGUAUGGGUACCCCGACCGGGCCAGCUUGGCGCGCAUGACGACGACGGAUGCGCAGAUGAUAAUCUCGGAUUUGUCGAUGUACGAAUUCCCGUAUAUGACGAUGGCGAGUGCGCAGUUUGGGCUGUUUAAGACAUACGGCGUUGAGACCAUCAGCAGUCUCCUCUUGGCCACUCGGAAUCUGACUGAUCCUAUCGCCAGCAUUAAGAGAUACGAAGAUACAGGUGUAAUAAUUGGCGAGUUCCUUUCCAACCCUCCCAACUCAGAACGCGCAAUAUCAGCCAUCUCGCGCAUGAACUUCUUGCACGCCAAGUACAUAUCCAGCGGUUGCAUCUCCAAUGCUGACUUGCUGUACACGCUCUCUGUAUUUAUCACGGAGCCUGAGCGCUUCGUUAGGCUGUAUGAGUGGCGACACAUGAACGAUAUGGAACGCUGCGCCUACGGUAACUUCUGGAAGAACAUCGGCGACGCUAUGGGGAUCCAAUAUGAGGGGUUUCUCAGCAAGGCGGGCGAGUGGAGGGAUGGACUGGAUUUCGCCGAGGAUAUAUCGCGUUGGGCUAAGGCGUACGAGGUUGUGGCAUUUAAGCCGAGUGCGGUUAGCCAUGAGCCGGCUGUAACCCUGGUUCCUAUGCUUACGUACUGGCUGCCGUGGUUUGCGCAGAGGUUUGCACAUGAAUGUGUACAUGUGUUGCUGGGCGAUCGGGCAAGGGAGGCGUUUAUGCUCCCUGAGCCGGGCAUCGGCGCCACGGCCUUAGUUUACACCUCUCUAGCCAUCAGGCGCUUCUUCCUCCGCCAUCUGUCAUUGCCUCGCUUGAUCCCGGUAACCAGACACGCCAGUUCGCCCAAUCCAGACGGUCGUCUGCAGACGGAAUAUUCCUAUGGGAACUUUCCCUACUACGUGAAGCCAACCUUCUGGAAACGAUGGGGUCCCGAGGGUUGGGCGAUAUGGAUUGCCGGUGGGAAGCUGCCUGGUGAUGAGCCAGAGCAUUACUUGUCCCAAGGUUUCAACUUUUGGGAUCUGGGACCAAAGAAUCGGAUGGGGAGGGGCAAGGAAGAAAUGGGGACAGAUUGUAAGAGGAUGAAGGCAAAGGGGAUGGGUGGGUGUCCGUUUUAGGGGUCACCUGAGAGGUCCGUCGGUGGAAGUUGUGGCGUUAAGUUUGACCGAAGUGCUCAAAACUGAUGGCGAGUCAUGAUUGAAUUAGGCGAAAACUUCUGCCUGUCAGUUUCGACAGCCGCGUCCAUCAGUUCUAGGAAGGAGAAAAAUAGCUUUUCAAACCUGGGCACCAUCUUUUUGGAACUCUGUAUGCUGACAUAUUCCAAAGGUUGGGAAUCAAUGGUGUUUGUUAGUGGUGCGUGUAUUAUCAUUUUAGUCGACAUCAUCCGUAAUUGGUUAGCAGUGAAAUACUAUCUAAGCAAUGCCUGACAGGAAAUGAACUGUAAUUUAAUCGAA